UAAACUAAUAUUUCCACCCGAAACAAAAGGAAAGCAAAAGCAACCUUAAUUUUACACAGAAGAUGUAUUAAAAUUUUUGGUUAAUUUCGGUAUCCAACUGGCCAAAAAUCGUCAAACAGAUUAAAGAAUGGAGUGCGAAAAGUGUGACACCACCAGCAAUGCCGGCGAUCACAGGCUCGAUCCGACUAGGAACCCCGUGGACCUCAAGCCGGAUACCACCCUGGAGAUGGAGAUUGAGGAGGCUCUGUCCUCCAGCAGUGCCGACGACACUCCACCGGGAAUGAUCGUGGUGGAGACGCGCAUCAGUUGCUGGGAGAAGCUGCAGCCCCUUCAGUCCUUUGAGAAGGACGCCACCACAACGGAUGUGGAGGCUCACGAACUGCCGGCCUGCUCCGUUUCCCUGGGUCUCAAACCAAAUGUCCAGUUCCAGAAAGUGCCGCACCCCUGUCAUCCACUGGUCAGCACCGAGGCCGCUUCGGUCGCCGCCGUCUGUGUCGCCCCCGUUUCUGCACCCAUACCCACAGCCACCGAGUCCAUUGCCACACUGCGGCACUGCAUCGAUGAAACCACUCAGUGCAACAACCUGGGCUACGAAUCCAUUUCCAACGAAUCGGUGCCCUCUGUGGGAUCGCUGGUCUGUCGCAUUUGUCACAACGCCGAUAAUCCCGAACAACUUGUGUCGCCCUGUUUGUGCAAGGGCUCGCUGACAUAUGUCCAUGUGCACUGCCUGGAGCGUUGGAUUAGCACCUCGCGCUGCACCACCUGCGAGCUGUGCCAGUUCCAGUACAACACGGAGCAGACGCUGCGGUACACCUGUCUGCAGUCGCUGCGCCUGUGGUAUUCGCGGGCCAUGAGUCGCAGGGCGUUGCAGGAGGACUGCCAGAUGUUCUCGCUGCUCACCCUGGUGGCCUUCGGCAUCAUCGGCACCCUGCUGGUGGGCAUCCAGUACUACGCCCUGCACACCCACUCCUGGGGAUUGAGCAAGCUCUGGACCAAGUCCUGGAUGCUGUUCUUUUUGUUCAUGACGAUUACCGUUUACUUUGCCAACAUAUACAUGCUGAUCAAGUCCCAGUUGACGCCCUGGUAUCGCUGGUGGCAGUCUGCGCGGGACAUAAAGCUUAUCCUUGAGAACCGACGGCCCUUUCCCAAUCCAAGCCGCUUUCUGAGCCCAUUUCACGCGGAGACGGCCUCGACGACAGCCUCGUUGUUCACCCACCACGAUCAGAUGGAAGGGCCCAUGCCCAGCCGCUCACCGGUCAUCGUGAUCAGCUCCAGCGAGGAGGAAGUUGACGACAAGUUGGCCCACAAAUGGGGCACACGGCUGGAGAGCGAAGUUCUCGCCGCAGUGGUGGCUGCCACCGUGGAAUCGAUUGCUGACGCAAGUGCCCGCGAGAGCGACAAACAAGCCGAGCAGCAGCCUCAGCAGCAAAACCAGUCACAGCAGCAACAUCAGUCACAGCAGCAACAUCAAGCCCAACAGCAGCAGCAGCAACAACAGCAACCGAAAGGUGGCAACUGAAAGGGCGAUGACAAAUACUGGACUGGGUCUCGGGGGGAUCGGGAGUUCCUCACUCCUGGUUCUGGGCAAGUAAUUAAGGCUCAAGGACAUGGAUUUUGCUUGGCUUUCGUUGUUUGCAUGUCAUUUGUUUAAUGUAGUUUCAAUGCUUUUAAUGAACUUUCCCGAUGAGAGCUCGAAUUAAAUGGGUAAACUUGA